AUGUCACUCACCGACAAUCGCGCCCUGCGCAUCCUCGACCAUGCCGCCGAGAACCACUACGGCGUGCCCGCCAUGUGCUGUUACAACGUGGAAGGAAUUCUAGCCACCGUCCGUGCAGCCGAAGCCAAGCGCUCACCCGCCAUGAUCCUCCUCUUCCCCUGGGCUGUGCACUACGCCGACGGAAUCCUAGUCCACGCCGCCGCGGAAGCCGCGCGCAACGCCUCGGUGCCCGUCACCGUGCACAUGGACCAUGCGCAAACGCCCGAGAUUAUCCGCCGCGCUGCGGAAUUGGGUGGCUUCGACAGUAUCAUGAUUGAUAUGUCGCACUACGAAAAGGCAGAGAACCUGGCAUUGACGCGCGAGUUGGUGGAGUACUGCCACGCGCGGGGUAUCGCCACGGAAGCGGAGCCUGGGCGCAUCGAGGGAGGGGAGGAUGGCAUUGCUGAUACGGCUGACCUCGAGGGACUGCUGACGACGCCUGAGGAGAGUCAGGAGUUUGUCGAUACUGGAAUUGACUGGUUGGCGCCUGCUUUUGGAAAUGUGCACGGCGAGUAUGGACCGCGCGGUAUUCAGCUUGAGUAUGAGCGACUGCAAUCGAUUAAUAAAGCAGUUGGAGGGAAGGUGAGGCUUGUGCUACAUGGUGCAGAUCCUUUCACGAAGGAGAUUUUCCAAAAGUGCAUUGAUUGUGGCGUGUCGAAGAUCAAUAUCAACAAGGUGUUGAAUAAUGAAUAUAUUAAGGUUCAGCAGGAGAAGGCGGGUAAGGUUCCACUUACUACAUUGUUGGAGGAGGCUACAAAUGCUAUGCAGAAAGCUGUGGAGGGAUGUAUGGACCGAUUGAAUUCUACUAGAAGAUACCCUUAG